AUGCCAGCUGAAAGACUAGGCAAAGAAGCCGUAGUCCGUGGGUUCCUUACGAAAAUAACGAGUAUAUCCAAGGACCUAUGCUUUGCCGGUAUACAUCGUGGCACAUUGAAACAGGAAUUCCAGGUUGUCUGCCACGGUACUGCCUUGUGUGAGCAGUUACGAAGUAUUCGACUCCACAGCGCCGUCCGUGUGAAGGGGAAACUGGUACAAAAGCGGAAACAAAACGAUGCAGAGCCUCGGGAACCCAAUACCAGAAAAAAUGUCGUCCAUCACAGGACUGUGGAAGUGGUGGCAGCAGAGAUUUUGUGCUUGAAUUCCGUCGCAGACGACGUCCACAUCAGCAAAGACCACAACUACCCUCCUCAGAGCAGACAUUUGCAGAUUCGGUUCGAUGAGAGCCUGAAGCGUAGAUUACAUAUUCGUUCAAGGGUAGCGUCGUACAUCAGGGAGCAAUUGAUAGGAUCAUUCCUAGAAAUCGAAACUCCAAUUCUGUUCAAGUCAAGCCCAGAGGGAGCACGCGAGUUCCUUGUUCCUACGCGGAAACCUGGUUAUGCAUACGCUCUUCCUCAAAGCCCCCAGCAAUAUAAGCAGAUAUUAAUGGCUGCCGGGGUCGAGAGAUAUUUCCAAUUUGCUAAGUGCUUUCGCGACGAGGAUCUUAGGGCAAUUAGGCAGCCCGAAUUUACUCAGCUCGAUGUUGAGAUUGCAUAUGCGGAUGGGGGGGUAGUGAUGAGAAGAAUCGAAGCCCUGAUCAAAGGUAUUUACGCAAAGUUUGUUCAACCUCGAGGGCUUCUCGAGAAAUCGCUGCCUGACUCACCUUUCAUCCGAAUGACCUAUGAGGAAGCCAUGUCAAAACAUGGCUCUGACAAGCCUGACCUUCGAAUAAAGGGUUUAAUACAUCGCAUCGAUAAUGUCAUUCCUGAUGAACUCCGGGGCAUGCUCACCUCGAUAGAAGACCCAAUCAUCGAAGUGUGUAAGCUCAGAUUCGAUUGCGAACCCGAACGAGUACAGGCAUUCAUGAGGAAGUUGAUGGAUUCUCCUGACGCAGAACCCUUCAUCUCAAAUGUCGAUGGUGCCCCAGGUUUCUGCGUCUACGAUUCUCGCAAGCCUGUUGAAGGUCUCCAAACCUUCGGAUUCGAAGGUGCUGAAAAGCUGAAAGCGCUUUACAGCGAUCUCCGUCAUCCAGGAUAUCAGAGUGAGGAAGUGCACGCGAUCAAUUCCACCUUCGAAGAUGGUGACCUGUUGAUCAUCCAAGCCCGCCAGAACCUCCCACAUUCAGGAGGCUCUACCAUCCUUGGCAAGCUCCGUCUUGCGAUCCACAAAGCCGCAGUAGCAGAUGGACUCAUCAAGCCCGAUCCAGACCAUCAUUACCUCUGGGUCACUGAGUUCCCCAUGUUCACGCCAAACAACGAUACCGACCCAGGCCAAGGCGGGACGUCAGGAUUCUCAGCAACACAUCACCCGUUCACAGCACCACUGUCACCUGAAGACGUAGAUCUCCUCUUAACAGAUCCACUGAAAGCGAAAGCCGAUCACUAUGACCUCGUUGUCAACGGUGUAGAACUAGGUGGCGGGAGUCGGCGAAUACAUAGUGCUGAGAUGCAGAAGUUUGUUAUGAGAGAUAUCAUCAAGAUGAGCGAAGAGCGCAUGAAUGACUUCUCGCAUCUCUUCGAAGCUCUCAGAUCAGGCUGCCCUCCUCACGCAGGUCUCGCCAUUGGAUUCGAUCGUCUCAUCGCCGUCAUGACUGGUGUCGAGUCAGUGAAAGAUGUAAUUUUCUUCCCGAAAAACUCGAAGGGGGAGGAUGUGAUGGUUAAAAGUCCGGCUCCGAUGACGAAUGCAGAGUUGAGUCGAUACCAUCUACAACUUAAGUCGCCCGUAAGAACUGAAGAGGCAGGAGAGAAGGGAGAAACUUCCUCCGAAGAGAAAGUUGAAGAGAUGAAGCCGGAGCCUCCAUCUCGGGCGUAG